CCGAUAGAAUGGAAUAACCGAACCAAAUGAAAGCUUAAUAAAUUCAAACACGUUCUCUGCGGUUUCAUUGUAGCAAAAGAGGACGUUUCUUGUUAUUUUGGAUUCUACAUAAAAUGUCAAAAACAAAUCCACCAGAGUUAAAAAAAUACAUGGAUAAGCGUCUUCAUUUAAAGUUGAAUUGUAACCGAAGCGUCACUGGUAUUUUGCGUGGUUUUGACCCUUUUAUGAAUCUUGUAAUUGACGAUACUGUUGAAAAUACAAGUACACAAGAAAGGAAUAACAUUGGAAUGGUGGUUAUUCGAGGAAAUAGUGUUGUUCUAAUGGAAGCCUUGGACAGAAUAUAAGGAAGAAUGUAGCAUCAUAUUUUCUUUCAAUCGAAGUAAAAAUAAAGUUUAAAUACUUUUCAUGUAUAUUGUUAUCGGAUUUGUAAACAAGAUAAUAUUUGGUAAACUUGA